AUGGAGCUUGACACCUCACAGCUCCUCACGCACGCGCCGCUUGCAAGAAGCCUGGCUGCAGAGGUGUGGGCAAGCACGAAAGCACCUGGAUCGGUGACGAGUCUGUCAGCCGGCCAGGUGACCCUCCCCUCCAUGAAUGGGCCGACGCCGGAGUAUGGCGCAUGCUCCAAGCCCAAUGCGAAGGAUAAGGAUGCGGCUCCUCCUGGUCAAGGAAGGCUGAUGGUCCAUGGACCCAUCUUCGUGGAAAACCCGGAUGGUUCCAUCACAGAGGCUGUUCCUUCCGAUGCCAAGCAAGCCAGGCCGAAAGGAGAUCGGGGCGAUCGAGGACGACGUGAGUCCAAUGACGGGGACAGCGAUAGCAGUGGAAGCGGCUCUAAUGCCAAUGGCAUCAGCAUGUCUCAAGAGGUGGAGUUCCUGUACUCGCGACAUGAGCGCGUGUUCAUGCUGCUCCUGUUCAUACAAUUUGUUCUGGAGUCGCUUUACGCAGCGGUCUUCGUCGUGCGGAUGCGGCCGUCUAUGUUUGAGUUGGAGGCCAUGUACAACUGGGAGAUCUCCCCCAAAACAGCAGAGGCCAUUCUUUGGACGACCUUGGUGAUCCAGGUCCUCUUUGGCAUUGUUUACUACUUCAUGGCAGUUUUAUCCAUUUGGACGAAGAGGCCGAAACACUUCCAGAUGUUCGCCAAGACGUGCCUCUGUGGGGUGGUUGGCUUGGUUCUUCUCGCAUACGCGGACAAGUUCAACCUUCCCAUAUUCUUCCUCCGACUACUUGCAUACAUCUACGCAAGGUUUCUCCAGGGACUUACUGCCAGCAUCCUCCUGCUGCCGGGCGCCCGUGAGUGUGUGCCUCCGGAACUGACGGGUGUUUAG